AUGCCCCCCCAGGGCUCGGAUCUCUCAAAAAUCCCUGAUAUACAAACCUACCUGUCUGGUACUCCUUUCGAUGCGGUGCAUAUCGAAUCAUUACCGGGCGGAUAUGGCAACUCUACCUUCCGAUUACACUUGGCACAGGUGUAUAAAGGACAGUCAACCGUAAUUCUUAAGCAUGGCAAGCCUUAUGUUGGCUCGGGUGAAGGAAGGUUACCCUUUGGUUUGGAUCGCCAGGCGAGUGCAAAUUUCAAUACGUUCGAAGUGAGAGCAAUGGGAUGGAUCACCAGCUGGCUUCCCGAAGAUUCGCCCGUGACUGUCCCGCGUGUCCACUUCUUUGACGACGAGGCGAACGUGAUUGUCAUGGAUGAUUGUGGCCUGGGGACCGUUACGCUAAAGAAAUUGUUCACCGAUGGGAACUAUUCUCCCGCCGCGGCAAAGAUGAUCGGGGAGGCAUUAGGUCAUUUCAUCAAGCUGGUUCAUACAAACGGGAAUGCGGACAAGCGUAUCCUGGACCUGUUCAAAACGAACGUUCAGGCCAAACAGAUAUCGGCGUACGUCACGUAUGGGCGGCUAGUGUCGACGCUCAGUGGGCAGGAUCGGUUACCUGCUUUGUCAGAUCCUCCCCUUGAUAUCGAAGCAAAGGACUUGGAGGUGGUAAAGGAUGUAGCAUCAAAAAUGCAGAGCGAAAUUAUGUCUGCCGAGAGUUCAUUCGUCAUGGGGGACUUUUGGCCUGGAAACGUCCUGGUGAGCCUGGAUGAAGACUCCAACAUAAAAAGUAUAUCAGUCAUCGACCGGGAGCUCGCAAAGACAGGCCUGCCUGGACACGACUUGGGCCAGUUCUGCGCAGAGUUACGUUUGUUAGGGCAUUUCUACCCGACGUGUGCGCUUGCGACUUACGACAUGACCCACUCGUUUCUGAAAGCGUACUCUCCGUCUAAGGACAUACCAUUGGCUCGGUAUGUCAUUACGCAUAUGGGAGCGCAUCUUGUGGCUUGGACUCCCAGGAUUCCCUGGGGUAGUAAUGAAAAGACAAAAAUUGUUGUAAAAGAAGGCGUGGGAUAUAUAGUUGGGGUCGAUUCUGAUGAUGAAAAGCUGGAUAAAUGGUUCUCAGAAACCCCGAUUAUUGCUCUUACAACCAAUAGGUGA